UGAUGAAGGGAGUUGCAGUGGUUUUCGUGGUGGUUCUAGCGGCGGUUUCGCUGGCGGCGUCGCCGGGGGAGGCUGUCUCGUGCGGGGAGCUACAGAGUUCCCUCUCGCCGUGCUUGUCUUACCUCCAGGCCGGCGGCGGCGAACCGAGUGAGUCGUGCUGCGGCGGCGUGAGGAGCGUGACGGGAAGUAUUCAGUCGACACAGGACAGACAGACGGCGUGCAACUGUUUGAAAUCCGCCGCCUCCAGCUACAACGUCCGUACAGACGUCGCCGCCAACCUCCCCGGAAAAUGCGGUGCCUCCAUCGGAAUGACCAUUAGCCCCAACGUUGACUGCAGCCAGUACGUUUUUCCGUGUUUCAUUUAAAUAUAAUAUUAUAUACAUAUAUAUUAAUCAUUUUUAAUUA